CCGGGGCCACGCUGGCGCCGCCCCGCGCGCUUAAAGUCCGGGUGCACGGGGCGGUACGUCAGCGUCGCCGAGGAGGACCCCUGCGCUGCCGCCCGCCGCCAUGGCCCUGCUCCGAGGUGUGUUCAUCGUUGCUGCUAAGCGGACACCCUUUGGAGCUUAUGGAGGUCUUCUGAAAGACUUCACAGCUACUGACUUGGCUGAGUCUGCUGCCAGGGCUGCCUUGUCUGCUGGCAAAGUCUCGCCUGAAACUAUUGACAGUGUCGUUGUAGGCAACGUCAUACAGACUUCUUCAGAUGCUAUAUACUUGGCAAGACAUGUUGGUUUGCGUGUGGGAAUCCCAAAAGAGACCCCAGCUGUCACUGUUAAUAGGCUCUGUGGCUCCGGUUUCCAGUCCAUUGUGAAUGGAUGUCAGGAAAUUUGUGUUAAAGACUCUGAAAUUGUCUUGUGUGGAGGAACUGAAAGCAUGAGCCAGGCUCCCUUCUAUGUCAGAAAUAUUCGUUUUGGAACUACGUUUGGAUCAGAUCUCAAGCUGGAAGACUCUUUGUGGACAGGAUUAACAGAUCAGCAUAUCCAAAUCCCAAUGGCAAUUACUGCAGAGAAUCUUGCUGUAAAACAUAAAAUAAGCAGAGAAGACAGCGACAAAUAUGCCCUGCAGUCACAGCAGAGGUGGAAAGCUGCUAAUGAUGCUGGUUACUUUAAUAAUGAGAUGGCACCAAUUGAGGUGAAGACAAAGAAAGGAAAACAGACAGUGCAGGUAGAUGAACAUGCUCGGCCCCAAACAACCCUGGAGCAGUUAAAUAAACUUCCUCCAGUGUUCAAGAAAGAAGGAACCGUCACUGCAGGGAACGCAUCGGGGAUUUCUGAUGGUGCUGGAGCUGUUAUCAUAGCUAGUGAAGAUGCUGUUAAAAAACAUAACUUCACACCACUGGCAAGAAUUGUGGGCUAUUUUGUGUCUGGAUGUGAUCCCGCUAUCAUGGGUAUUGGUCCUGUCCCUGCUAUCAAUGGGGCACUGAAGAAAACAGGACUAAGUCUUAAGGAUAUGGAUUUGGUAGAAGUGAAUGAAGCUUUUGCUCCCCAGUACUUGGCAGUUGAAAAGAGUUUGGAUCUUGACCGAAGUAAAACCAACGUGAAUGGAGGGGCCAUUGCUUUGGGUCACCCAUUAGGGGGAUCUGGAUCAAGGAUUACUGCACACCUGGUUCAUGAAUUAAGGCGGCGGGGUGGAAAAUACGCUGUAGGAUCGGCCUGCAUUGGAGGGGGCCAAGGAAUUGCGGUCAUCAUUGAGAACACAGCUUGAGGAGAGCAGGGAGCCUGCCCUCGUCCACGCUCACAUGACUUGGCCAGGCCACAGUACGCCAGGUGACCUUCAGAGAAGCUGUGAAGGUCAUGCCAUGCCCUGCACUGAGAGUGAUUGAGUUUGGUCAAGGAAUGGUGAGGCAAAGAUGCAUUUAUCAUGAACAAGAGCCCAUGCCAGAAUAAAUUCUCUCAAAUUUGUACCAAAUAUGCUGCAUUUCUGAACUAAAAUCCAACUAUAGAAGGCCUUAAACGGAAUUGUAUCCUUGCCAAAUAACCACCGCUUAUGUCUUAGAUAAUAUGAUUGCAGGGAGAUUGAAUAAAUUCUGCCUUAACUUCAGCUAAUCCUUU